AUGCCAACUUCGGGCCAGGCAACCUCUCCUGACGUAUCCCUUGCCUCAGAAGAUCUCCUGUCGAAACUGAGCUGGGAGACGGAAACCACGCUGAGCUCCGACCACCUGCCAGUCAUCAUCCGACUAUCAACCAGUCCACUGACAAUUCCAGCCCCGAACAAGACCUUCACAAACUUCCUCCGCGCGGACUGGGACGGCUUCAAGUCGGAAACAGAAGCUGCGUUCGCGUCUCUCGAGGAGCAGCGCGAUCCCUACAAAGAAGAAAGGUUGUUCCGCGAGAUUGUAAACAAGGCAGCCAAGCACCACAUCCCGUCUGGCCGUCGCCCAACGAGCACUCCAGGCCUACCGCCAGAAGCGGCCAAGCUCACCAGCCAACGCGAUGCCUUGAGGACAAACAACCCCACAUCCCCAGACUUGCCACUCCUCAACAACAAAAUCGAGAUGAUCCUCAGGAAGUCCCAAACUGCCCGAUGGCACGAAUACAUCCAGACAUUUGAUCACAAAACAAAACCAGAGAAACUCUGGAGGACCAUUCGUACCAUUGACGGCAAAAAACGCGACCCGCCAAACCCGUCCAUCAGGUUUGACGGACGCACAUACACCCGACCUAAGGACCAAGCCAGACUUUUCAACAAGCAUUUGACGGCCCCAAUCAAACAUGAAAGCUCAAAAGAGAACCGAGUCAUCAAACGCAAAUUGAAGUCACUUUCCCUCGAAACCCCCAUACAGACGACCCCGUCCCAAGUCAGCAAGGCGAUCCGCAAGUGCAAGAGUUCGAAGGCGUGCGGCCCCGAUGGGCUAAACGCACUGCAUUUGAAAAACCUCGGACAGCACGGCGUCGCCUGGCUGACCAAAGUUUUCAAUGGCUCCCUCGCAAAGUCCCAAAUCCCCAUCAUUUGGAAAAAAUCAAUUGUCAUACCACUACUCAAGCCCGGAAAACCCCCACAGGACUAG